CUAGGAUAAACAGGAACCUCACCCAGCAAUCUUAGUAUCCAUUUGUAUAUCAUAAUUCGCGAUUAUAGUCACAUUUCAUUGUUAUGGAAUCUUGUAGCAAAGAUCCCGGGAGCAUGGUAGAAGAUUGUCGAAUGGCAAUUAAAACACAGCACCUGGAAAAAGCAUAUGAUAACACCCUGGUGCACACGGCACAGCUUUUUAAUGCUGAGAAAAACCGACUACUGCGCGUGGAACAACUGCUCCUUCAAUUUGAAAAUGAGAAUUUGCGGUGGCAGUUGAAUCAUGUCAAUCAGGAAUUGACUAAAACUGCAAGGGCAGAAUCUGAGCUUGAGCUUGGCUCCCUGACCAAUGAUUCUGUCGAUACAAAGAAGUUCCUCGCAGAAAAAUGCCAUCUCUCAAGGGCACUCUCGAGUGCAGAGGCAGAGGUUGAAAGGCUAAAGUCUCAGAAGACUUCUCAACAUACGCUCCUUGCCGAGAAGCGAAAUCUCGAACAACAGGUGACAAUCCUUGAGGCACAACUCGAAAGCGAAAAAAGUGCCCACGAACAAACACUAGCCAAGCAAUCGCAUAAUGCAGAACAAAUAGUAGCGCUUAGCUCAAGCCUUGAAGAAGCGCGCAGUGAACUCAUGGCGGAGGCGCGGGCGCGGGAUGGACGUGAGCGUGUCUUUCAACAACAGAGUAUCGAAUGGGCUGCCCAACGAGCGGCCCUCGAUGCCAAGCUUGAUACCUUGAAUAAGAAGCUACGCUCAACAAAGGACCAAUACCAGGCCGCAGCUACGGAACUUAGACGGCAGUAUGGCACCACUAAUAAUUAUGAGUCUAAAACCUCCAGUGCACAGUCCACUACAAAGCACAACUCUGGCCUGACAAUUGCAACCCCUGGAGCUAUUCGUGCCCAAGACAAAAGAAGUAAAACAUCAACAUUGCCCGGCGAGAAGUCAUCAUUUUCGAUCACUCCAUUUCUAAACCGAACAAAUGGGCUUCAAAAUUCAGCUACAAGCUCUGAGGAUGAUGCAGAUGAGCUCCACGCAACUCAUAUGGCCGGUAGAGCAAAUGAGAAGGCCUCUGGAAAUGAUGUCCAAAAAGGUGUUGAUCCUAGGUAUCAGGGUCAGAGGGUGUCGGUUGAUGAGAUACCUGUCGCCGUGGACACAUUGCGUCUAGGUCAUGGUAUCUCCAACAGCAGAAAAGGGGGACAACUCCAGAGAAACUUGGUAGACAAUUCAGAUCAUGAGGGACGAGUGGAAAAUGUCAGCGGUAUAUAUACCCAUUCCUCUAAACAUGGGCAACCCAAAUCAAAGAAACGUAAGCUGGGGACCCAACGCGACAUGGGCUUGUUCGACGAAGAAGACGAUGGAGAUACUGAUGACAUCAGACGGCCAGGUCGGAAGCUGGUCUUAGGCGGUACAGGGCGGAAUCUUGCUUCCCAAGUAUCUGCUCCAAGUGGCGGUCGCCUUGGACGCGGUCGCGGGUUGGCUGGGCUGGGUGAAUUUUCUCCCUUGAAGCGAGACAAGAAACGACUUUAGAGAAGCUUCACUGUCACAUGCCAGAGUGAAUCCAAUUGAUUUAAUCUCACUGUUUCACCUCGGAACUAGUAGGCUUCUAUAUUGGAGAGAAGAGGGCAAGGCAAAGUGAAG